AUUUUUGCAACGAUAAUCUUGUCUGUAAAAUUAAAAUUUUUUAAAUCCCACAUGAGUUUUUCAAAGCAAAAUUUAUCCCAAUUGGAUGUUUCUAAAUUAUCACCCCUUACGCCUGAAGUUAUUAGCAAACAAGCAACCAUAAAUAUUGGUACUAUUGGACAUGUAGCACAUGGAAAAUCAACCGUUGUUAAAGCUCUAUCUGGUGUACAGACUGUUAGAUUUAAAAAUGAAUUGGAAAGAAACAUUACUAUCAAACUAGGAUAUGCAAAUGCUAAGAUAUUUAAAUGUGACAAUCCAUCCUGCCCCAGACCUUCAUCUUAUUGUUGUUUUGGAAGCAAUAAAGAAGAUUCCUUUAAUUGCACACGCCUAAACUGUGAAGGCAAAUUUAGGUUAGUAAGACAUGUAUCUUUUGUAGACUGUCCAGGUCAUGACAUCCUGAUGGCGACUAUGUUAAAUGGUGCGGCUGUUAUGGAUGCUGCUCUUCUACUUAUAGCUGGUAACGAAUCUUGCCCCCAACCACAAACCUCAGAACAUUUAGCUGCCAUAGAAAUAAUGCAACUCAAACACAUCAUAAUCCUGCAAAACAAAAUUGAUUUGGUCAAAGAGAGUCAAGCCCAAGAACAGUAUCAACAAAUUAUCAAAUUUAUACAAGGUACAGUAGCUGAAAAUGCCCCAGUCAUACCCAUAUCAGCUCAACUCAAAUAUAACAUCGAAGUUAUCUGUGAAUUCAUAGUCAAAAAAAUACCCAUACCCUUACGUGAUUUUACUUCGGACCCCAAAUUGAUCAUAAUAAGAUCAUUUGACGUAAACAAGCCUGGUGCAGAGGUUGACGAAUUGAAAGGAGGCGUGGCUGGUGGAAGUAUACUCAAAGGAGUUUUAAAGGUAGGACAAGAGAUAGAAAUAAGACCGGGCAUCGUUUCAAAGGAUAUAGAAGGUCGACUGACAUGCAAGCCCAUUCAUUCUAGAAUAGUCUCUCUGUUUGCUGAAAAAAAUGACCUUCAAUAUGCCGUUCCAGGGGGGUUGAUAGGUAUAGGCACACUGAUAGACCCAACCCUAUGUCGGGCUGACCGAAUGGUAGGCCAAGUACUCGGUGGUGUCGGGGCUUUGCCCAAUAUCUACACUGAACUAGAGAUAUCUUGCUUCCUCCUCAAACGUUUGCUGGGCGUAAGAACGGAAGGGGAUAAAAAAGCUGCUAAAGUUCAAAAACUAAACAAAGGUGAGAUUCUGAUGGUGAAUAUCGGUUCGUUAUCUACCGGAGGUAAAGUGAACGGAAUUAAAGUCGAUCUCGCAAGAAUUGGUCUCACUCAUCCAGUUUGCACGGAGAUAGGCGAAAAGAUAGCCCUAAGUCGCAGAAUAGAUAAACAUUGGAGAUUAAUAGGAUGGGCAGAAAUCCGUAGAGGCGUUGUGAUUCAACCAUUGCCUUCUGACUGAACUAAUAUUUAUAUACAUUUAUUAUAAAGAUUUUCAAAAAAAAAUUUGUUUUCGGUUUUUACAUAUUACAAUGAUGGACGAAAAAGCUAUUUAAUAUAAAUAAACCAUAAAUUAUGUGC